GGGAUUGUUGUGGGUGACGUCACGGGGGGACGCGGGCGCCCAUAGGCGCGGGCCGGGGCCGCGCGCGGGGAGCGGAGCGGGCAGCGUGGGCCGCGCCGGCCGGGCGGGUCCAUGGCCAGCGCCAGCAGCCGCCUGUAUGAUGCUGUUCCAAUCCAGUCUAGUGUGGUGUUAUGCUCCUGCUCAUCCCCAUCAAUGGUGAGGAACCAAGCAGAUUCCAGCACUCCAUCUGUCAUUUCCACCUGUGGCAGCAGACAGGGAUCUAACAUGGAGGGCACUGCAGCUGAAUCAAGAUCUACUUCAAACUCCUUACAGCAGCAUACGGGACAGCAGCCUCCACAGCCUCGGAAGAAACGACCUGAUGACUUCAAAUUUGGGAAAAUUCUGGGUGAAGGAUCUUUUUCAACGGUUGUCUUGGCUCGAGAACUGGCGAGUUCUAGAGAAUAUGCCAUUAAAAUUCUAGAAAAACGUCAUAUCAUAAAAGAAAACAAGGUGCCAUAUGUGACACGAGAGAGAGAUGUGAUGUCCCGCUUGGAUCACCCUUUUUUUGUGAAACUCUACUUCACCUUUCAAGAUGAUGAAAAGCUGUAUUUUGGGCUUAGCUAUGCCAAAAACGGAGAGCUGCUGAAGUAUAUACGCAAAAUUGGCUCGUUUGAUGAGACCUGUACCAGGUUUUAUACUGCUGAAAUUGUAUCAGCCCUGGAAUAUUUGCAUGGGAAAGGAAUAAUUCACAGGGACCUUAAGCCAGAGAACAUCUUGCUAAAUGAAGAUAUGCACAUUCAAAUAACAGACUUUGGAACAGCAAAAGUAUUAUCUGCAGAUAGCAGACAAGCACGGGCGAACUCAUUUGUAGGGACGGCACAAUAUGUUUCUCCAGAGCUGCUGACAGAGAAAUCUGCCUGUAAAAGCUCUGACCUCUGGGCUCUGGGAUGUAUAAUAUAUCAGCUUGUAGCUGGAUUGCCCCCGUUUAGAGCUGGAAAUGAAUAUCUUAUAUUCCAGAAGAUAAUAAAGUUGGAAUAUGACUUUCCAGAAAAAUUUUUUCCCAAGGCAAAAGACCUUGUUGAAAAGCUAUUGGUUCUAGAUGCUACCAACAGAUUAGGUUGUGAAGAAAUGGGAGGAUAUGGACCUCUUAAGGCUCACCCCUUCUUCGAAUCCAUUGUGUGGGAGAACCUACAUCUUCAGACACCUCCGAAACUUACAGCGUAUUUACCUGCUAUGUCAGAGGAUGACGAAGACUGUUACGGGAAUUAUGACAAUCUCCUGAGUCAGUUUGGUUGCAUGCAAGUUUCUGGUUCUGCCUCUUCCCAUUCACUGUCUGCCCCAGAGACAAGUACACCGCAGACAACAGGAGGAAAUAUUGAACAGUAUAUUCAUGAUCUUGACAACAAUUCCUUUGAGCUGGACUUACAGUUUUCUGAAGAUGAAAAGAAGUUACUUCUGGCAAAACAAGCUGGUGGAAAUCCUUGGCAUCAGUUUGUAGAAAAUAACUUAAUCCUAAAAAUGGGUCCAGUGGACAAAAGAAAGGGAUUGUUUGCACGUCGGCGCCAAUUGCUGCUCACAGAAGGGCCCCACCUCUAUUACGUGGAUCCUGUCAACAAAGUUCUAAAAGGAGAAAUCCCAUGGUCUUCAGAGUUGCGGCCAGAAGCCAAGAAUUUUAAGACAUUUUUUGUUCACACACCGAACAGGACGUAUUACCUGAUGGACCCAAGUGGAAAUGCUCAUAAAUGGUGUAAAAAGAUCCAUGAAGUUUGGCGGCACAGAUAUCACCAGAAUGCUGCUAAAUAGUAAAGCUCAUCCAAAAUGUCCCAGUUUCCCUACUUGCUGCUAGAACUUCGUGUGCAGCCGAUCAGAGGAAUCUUUCCAACCCACCUGUACCAUCUCAAGGGGAAGCGUAUGUCUGAAAUGUUUUUUUUUAAAAAAAAAAGAAAGAAAAAAAGAAAAGCAAAAACCUAAUGGAAUUCAGGGUCGCUUUGCUCGCUCUUUGUGCUUCUGUUGAGGCUUCCACAUGCAUAUCAUUGCAGUGAAGAUCUUGCUUUUGUGCACUUCAGCUCAAUUUCUGCUGCAGACUAGUGGAUAGACCUUGCAUUACCAGCUUCACUUAAGAUGAGUUAAAACCAAUCCACACGCACACACGCCGAAUCAUGUACCAGCCUUGCAUUUUAUGGGGCUGGAGUUUUCUGUGACUUUCAGAUUAUCAUUAAACUGUAUUUCAUCAGGGAGCUUUUAUACGCCUCUCCUAAGCACCAUCUCUUUGUUUUCCUUUCCUCACAGUCCCCCAGCUUAUUGGUAUAUGGCAUUUGUAGCCAGGUCAGUCGCACCCUUGUGUAAUUCCUAAUAUAGUUCUGGUUGCAGGAUUUAUGUGGUACUUUAGUAAUUAUGUGAAUGAAUCAGAUGUAUGUGUCUGGCAGACCGGCUCCAAUGACACAGGUUGAGAGAGUAAAAUGCUGAGCAUGGCAAUGGAGAUUUUCUAAUAUUGAAAUGUCAGCUUCUGAAUCAUAAAAGACUUUAAACAUUCAGUUUAAAUUUUACUAUGAAUCAUAUGUGUGUUUAAUCAAGGGACAAUAAACUUACCAGCAUGCUUUUAACUAAUGCUGACUAAAAAAUUAACUAGUUAGUAUGGGGGAAAAAGAUGACUAUUGAAGUAGUAAAUAGUUUUUCACCUUUUCAGGAGAUGAGGGCUAGAAGAUUUCUUUCCAGAGUGUGCAUGUAUUGUGCAUUUUAGUGGGGCCAACCUAUUUACCUGGGUAGAGAAGGGAAUGAGAGCUUUGUACAGUUGAUUGCUUGACCUUUGUAUGAUGAGAUGUACAAAUAACCCUGGGUUUGGUCCUUGGCCAAAUAUUUAGCAACUCUGAAAAAAAAAUUAAGCAAUUGAAAUAUUAGAUCCAUAAAGUAAUCUUGUUAAAAAUUCAAAGGAAAAUAUUGAUAAAAAGGGGAAAAUAUAUGGUACUUAAGGCAUAUCUAUCAAAUGAAAAUAUUUUUCAUAUCGUUCUCCUUUAUUGUCUUCAAAUUAAGGCUUUUUUUGUGGUCAAACAUUUCUUGUAACACUACAAAGUCAUGCCUUUCUAUGUGCUAAAACCAACUUCCCUAAUGGUAUUGUCAACAUGCCCAUGUUCCUGAACCUCGCAGAGAGGAAUAACGUAGGUCAGCACAAAGGCAUUCCUUCCUUGUUUUGAAAGCAGUAUAAACAUCAUGCCUAUUCACCUUCCACACAUACCACCUCUUUGCAUUUUGAGGUCUCAUGCUAUGAUGUGCUUUUCCUUCCACCAAAGAAAGAAAAGCUCUGCUGCAAUGCUGGAAAGCAUGGGAGCUACUGUUCUAGAAGCAGUAUUUUAAAAGCAGUGACUUAUCAGGAUUUCUCAGAAAACACAUAAAUGUUGGAUAUUUUGUUGUUGUGCAGGGUGAAGGAGACUUAUUAUUGAUUUCUUAAAAACUGUGAUCUGGUUGAACUUGAUGACAGUUUAGCUUUUCCAGUAUCUUUCGGUCUUUAGAGGAGAGGGUGCAGUUGCCUUUUCUUCUGAAGGAACUGCAUUCUUGUAGUGUUUUGUUUUCCCACCAUGUACAUGACAAAAGUAAAUCGCUGGCUUACAGUGCCAUGUGUUGAAAGAGCAGAGGUGCGCUGUAAGUGGCCGAGAUGAGACAACACACAAUUCCUUUUGCAUCAGGAGAAAUUUCAUCAUGUUCAAGGUACACUCCUCAUCACUAAAAUUAGAAUAGCACGAUGCACCUUCUACCUGUGCCUAUAUUAAUCCUGUGUUUACCAAGGUGACAUCUGUUGUAAGUUUGUAGAGCUAUCCGUUCCUUCUCUGGCUGUCAAAUUCUAGAUGUAUCUUGGGUCCACAGGAGGCAACCCUGCCAGUUUUGGAUUUAGUCUUUGGUAUAAGAGAUGUAGACGUAUUUCCAGCUUCGUGCAGGAGAGCUUAGCAGUGAUGGAGAUUCGUGGUGCCACUUGCCACUGCUGUUUGGUGUGAUGAGACUUGCCUUCACAUACAAAGCCUGACAAAGCUGUUCUGCUAUCAGCAAACACCUUAGCUUCAUUAGAAGAUGGAGUGAUCUCCAUUGGCUUGUUCCCUACGUAGAAAUCUGGGAAUGCUUAAACCUGUUGUCUGUAAUAUUUAGGCUUGUAGUCAUCUUGCCAUAACAAGGUAAUCACUCUGCUUUUUCACACUCUGAAAACCCUCUCUUGGUAGACUGCCGUCCUGCCCACCGCAAACUUUCAGCCAAAGAAAGCAGUAAGCUAGCAAGGAGAUGUCUGGAACACUGAUGUCUGUGUUCUGGUAUUCCUCUCUUCUCUUGACAGUGCUGUCAUUGGAAAACUGAGCAUCUCUUACAGCCAUCUCUCUGUUUAGAACUUCAGUGUUCUGAAUCAAGUCUUCCUUAGCUGCUGCUUUUUUGGAAAGGGACUAGAACUUUUCUGGGGAACUUGUUUGUCUGUCUUGGACUGCAAAUAAAAUCUGUGGUUUUGAAAGAUGGCAGCAGCAUAGAGUGAGGCAAGACAAAGCAAUCAUGGAUUUAAGUGUGUUUCACCCAUUUGUCUAGUGAAACGCCGAUUGGCGGUGCUGCGUACCGUGAAGGGCUGGCUCCUGGUUUAACUGCUUUGUACCUGAAGUGAGGCAGACUCAGAACUUUGUCCUGACGAUCACUCCUGUGAGCAGGGGAGUUCAUGGAACAAAAGGUGCUGGGGAGGUUCAGAGCUGCAGAUAAGCCAGUUAAUUUCUCUGCUUUUUCUCACGAGUCUUUCAAAGCACAAAAAGGGUGGUUAGGCACUUGAAGACUUUUCUUCAGGCUCCUCGCUGCAAGCCUACUGAAUACCCAGUCUGUUGAUUGAUUCAUUCCAUCUGCUGCACUUUGAACCAUUCCUAAUCAUAAAGAAUCUGGUCAUUAAUGUAAUUUACUUUUGCUUAGGGUUUGAACUGCAGGAAGGUGUUUAUUGCAUCUAUUUUCUGUGGGGCGGAGCUUAAGAAAGAAUGAAGUACUACUGCUAGGAAGGAUUUUUGAAUCACACUCUUCUAAUCAGUGUUCAGCCCAGUCACAGGAAGCUUAAAACUACUUGGAUAAACUGGAGAGAUGAGUUUCUUACCAUUGGCCUUGAAGUCCAUUUUUGAGAAGGGUUUAUAUUAAUGAAGACUUGCUUCAGAUGUGAAGAGAGCUAUGGAGAGCUCGGUUGGUAAGCAUUUAGAUGCUGAAGACAUUUAACUCUCAGGUAGUACUGGGCUCCACUUACUUUCCUCCUCCUGAUGUGAUUUAGUAGUGAAGUAGCUGCUAUUUAGAAGCCCCAGGAAAAAACUGUAGGUUGAAACAAAAAGAUGUGAUAGUUGUAAUCAUUUUUCCUAGUUCAAGAUGCUUAAAUUAAUGUGCUUUUAUUGUUACAUUUUGUGCUGGGAACUUUGAAGGAUCCUGAGCAUUUCCCACACAUACAUUUAACAGUUUCUUUUUAAUUAUUUAGUAAGGUCCUCGCAACUGUUUCAUUUGGCCUGCAAUGUAUUUCGUUUCAAUACCUUGCUGAGGAGAGAACUGUGUAUUAAUAGUUGCCUAAAGAUGUGGUCUGUGGAUUCUGAUCAUUCUUUCUACUACGGAGUUACACAAAUAGGUGUGGUAUUUAUAUCUGAAAUUUUGCUGAAUGCCUGUAAUAUUUUAUGCAAAUAUUUUAUUAAUCAGAUGGAAGUGCUCCUGCAAAGCUUUGUGACAGAUUGUCCAUCAGUUGAUCAAGUGAGCUUACAGACAAGUAAUUCUCUGACCCAAAAUGGCAUGCUUUCAGUUAAGAUAAGACUCAUAAUUUAAGAAUAUUUCCUCUUUCUUAGCAGAAAUUACUUUUAUGCAGCAAACAAUGGGAGAGGUUCUUUGGCACCCAGUAACCUGGUUUGUCUCUCAGUGUGGCGGUGAAUGUAGAUGGUUGCCGUUUGACAAAGCUUCCUAUGACCAUGUACCAACUCUGAUGGGGCAAAUGUUCUAAAUUGUAGCAGAACGUACAAUUACUGUAUCUGACAACAGAGAGAGGAUAGGAACCAGGAACCAUACUCAGUUUUGAUAGUUGUAUGCUAGCUGUAUGCUGUCAGUUACGUGUGUAAUAUUCUCUACCUGGUUUGUAGCAGUAACUGUGAUGUACAGAUAAAAGCAGGAAAAAAACCACAAAAACCAAAAAAAAAUAAAACCACAAAAAACCCACAAAAAAUACACAAAAAACCCAAAGCCCAAGCAAUCCCCUCAGCCCUCCACACCCACCACACAACAAUCUCCCCUCCUCAAGAACUCGUGAGAACAGAAGCAAAUAAUGCAAUGAUACAAGAUACACACUUUUGUAUUUUUAUUCUUCUAAGGUUAUUUGCUGGCUCUCGUUGGCCUCUAGUUCAGUCUGUGUUAUUUAAAUUCUAAUAUAUGAAUUAUUUGGAUUGAAUUCAUGUUCGGGGCCAUGGUGUUGUAUGUAUUGAUGUACAGCCUUGAAUGUGAAUAAUUAUUGUAAACUAUAUUUUACAUCUUUUCUGGCUUUAUUAUAUAAAUUUUCUAUCGGUCGGUGAUCUGAUCCCGGGCGGCUCGGGCAGCGCGCGCUCCUGGAUGCUGGUGGUCUGUAAUAAAGGCAUGUCGGGUCCUGGCCUCCGC